CUGUUCUUUUCUCCCCUUUCCCUCUCUCUUUUUUCCCUCUCUCUUCUCUCUUCAUCCCAUCUUCUAUACCCCCAUAUCUCUUUAUCUUUCUAUCCAUCUUCUCGCCUAAUCUUCACAAUGGCUGCUCCCGCUCAGAAGUUCAAGGUCGCCGACAUCGUACGUACCACGUACCACUGUCCCAUAUCUACGAUGUCCUCAUUCAUUGACCAUACCCUAGUCCCUGGCUGCCUUUGGUCGCCGCGAGAUCGAGCUCGCUGAGAUCGAAAUGCCCGGUCUUAUGGCUAUCCGCCGCAAGUACGGUGCUGAGCAGCCCCUCAAGGGCGCCCGUAUCGCCGGUUGUCUUCACAUGACUAUCCAGACUGCUGUCCUCAUUGAGACCCUCACUGCCCUCGGUGCUGAGGUUACCUGGACUAGCUGCAACAUCUUCUCCACCCAGGACCACGCUGCCGCCGCCAUUGCUGCCGCUGGUGUACCUGUCUUCGCCUGGAAGGGUGAGACCGAUGAGGAGUACAACUGGUGCUUGGAGCAGCAGCUCUCUGCCUUCAAGGAUGGCCAGAAACUCAACCUCAUCCUCGAUGACGGUGGUGACUUGACCGCCCUUGUCCACGACAAGUUCCCCGAGCAGCUCAACGGUUGCUACGGUCUCUCCGAGGAGACCACUACUGGUGUCCACAACCUCUACAGAAUGCUCAAGGAGAACAAGCUCCAGGUCCCUGCCAUCAAUGUCAACGACUCCGUCACCAAGUCCAAGUUCGACAACCUCUACGGUUGCCGUGAGUCGCUUAUUGACGGUAUCAAGCGUGCCACCGACGUUAUGAUCGCCGGUAAGGUUGCCGUUGUUGCCGGUUACGGUGACGUCGGCAAGGGUUGCUCUGACGCCCUCCGCUCCAUGGGUGCUCGCGUCCUUGUCACCGAGGUCGACCCCAUCAACGCCCUCCAGGCUGCCGUCCAGGGCUACGAGGUCGCCACCAUGGAGGACGCUGCUCCUCAGGGUCAGAUCUUUGUCACCACCACCGGUUGCCGUGACAUCCUGACUGGUGCUCACUUCGAGGUCAUGCGUAACGACGCCAUUGUUUGCAACAUUGGUCACUUCGACAUUGAGAUUGACGUUGCCUGGCUCAAGGCCAACGCCAAGUCCGUCCAGAACAUCAAGCCUCAGGUUGACCGUUACACCAUGGCCAACGGCCGUAACAUCAUCCUCCUGGCUGAGGGUCGUCUUGUCAACCUUGGCUGUGCUACCGGCCACUCUUCGUUCGUCAUGUCCUGCUCUUUCUCCAACCAGGUCCUCGCUCAGAUCGCUCUCUUCCGUGCCGAGGAUGUCGCUUUCGGCCAAAAGUACGCCGAGUUCGGUGCUUCCGGCAAGAAGCCCGUUGGUGUCUACGUCCUCCCCAAGGUCCUUGACGAGCAGGUCGCCCGUCUCCACUUGGACCACGUCAACGCCAAGCUGUCCGAGCUUACCCCCGUCCAGGCCGACUACCUUGGCCUGAAUGUCCAGGGUCCCUUCAAGGGCGACAUCUACCGCUACUAAGCUCAUUUUUUCUCUCGUUUUUUCCCUUUCACGUCCACGUUUGAUACACCUUCUAUAGACAUUUACAUUUGUUUCAACAUGAUGACGAUGUUACGAUAACAUACGGGUUCUUUAUCAACUUAGAGCUCAAAAAUUUUUGUCCUCAACGGCAAGACA